GGAUGUUGCAAACUCCACUCACCCCCCAUUAUUUGUUGUUUGGCUAGCUUUGGUUCGUGGAUCGCUCUCGUCUUACUUACUGUUACAUUGCCUCUGCUGCAGACUUAUCCUUCCACUUCGUCGCCAUUUCUGAAUGGUUCUUUCUGUGUAUGUCUUGGCUAAUCAAAUGCAUUUGAGAUAUGAACUCCAAGAAUCGUAGCCCUCCAUCGAUGUGGGGGCUAAUCCAAUUUACCCCCAUCUAGUCAUUGAAGUUAAAAGAUAUUGAGAGUGCAUGUUUGAGACUUUAGCCGAUGCAGAUCUUCAGUUGUAUUAUAUAGUUGCACUGAGUGCCAAACUACAGCAGGAUGGAAUUUCAAGAGAUUUCCGUCUCAGUUAAGAAAUCAAAACAUUUUCCUCUGACUCCUUUUAGAAUUAUAAGGGGUGUGAUAUGUUUAUUAGUUCUACUUUCAACAGCAUUCGUUUUCUUGAUCUAUUUCGUACCUGUGGCAGCUGUUCUCCUGCGCUUCUUCGGCACUCUUUAUAGUAGGAAAGUUGUAUCACUUCUCUUUGGUCUUUGGCUUGGAUUAUGGCCAUUCUUAUUUGAAAAAAUAAAUGAAACCAAUGUGAUUUUUUCUGGUGAUCAUGUCCCGCCAAAAGAACGUGUUCUGCUGAUCGCCAACCAUAGAACUGAGGUCGAUUGGAUGUACCUGUGGAAUCUUGCAUUGAGAAAGGGAUGCUUAGGCCACAUCAAAUAUUUACUUAAGAAAAGUUUGAUGAAAUUGCCAGUCUUUGGCUGGGGAUUUUAUGUGCUAGAAUUCAUCCCAUUGGAGAGAAAAUGGGUAGUCGACGAACAGGUGAUAAGACAAAUGCUUUCGACGUUUACAAAUCCUCAGGAUCCAUUGUGGCUAACCGUUUUUCCUGAAGGAACAGAUUACACUGAGCAGAAAUGCAAAAGAAGCCAAGAGUUUGCGACCAACAAGGGAUUACCUGUUCUAAAGAAUGUUUUGCUUCCCAAGACAAAAGGCUUUUAUGCCUGCUUGGAAAUACUAAGGAGCUCUUUGGAUGCAGUUUAUGAUGUGACUAUUGCAUAUAAAAAUCAAUGCCCAACUUUUUUAGACAAUGCUUUUGGUGUUGAUCCAUCUGAAGUACAUAUUCAUGUUAGACGCAUUCCUUUUGAUAAGAUCCCAGCAUCUGAAAAGGAGGCUUCUGAAUGGUUAGUUGAGACAUUUCAGUUUAAGGAUAAAUUACUCUCUGAUUUCAUUGCAAAUGGUCAUUUCCCUAGUGAAGGUACAGAAAAAGAACUAUCAACAGCAAAAUGCUUGGUUAAUUUAAUAAUAGUAAUGACUCUUACUGGAAUAUUUAUGUUCUUUACAUAUUCAUUCAUCUGGGGAAAAUUUUAUGUAGGUUUCUCUUGUAUAUACCUUGCUUCUGCUGCUUACUUCAAUUUUCGACCAUAUCCUAUUUUUGGUUCUGUAAAUGAAAGGCUGAAAAGAAUUCUUAGAAUGAAAAGUCAGUAGAAAAUGUAAAACAUCUGUUAUAUAUCAGUGAUGCGUAUAGUUAAUUCUUUUUCUUUUA